AGGGAAUACAAACAUUUGAACGCUUUGUAACAAUAGCUCAAAUCUAUCGGAAGCAAGUUUACAACACAAUGGUUGAUUCAGAUAUUUUUCGCGUGAAAAUUGAUUUCGGAAAUUUUUUUUCCGAUCACAAAUCGAAGGCAUACGUCAGUGUUAAUCGUCAGUGGAAAAAUGUUCGCCAAUUUCAUCGCCAUAUUACUGAAAUAUUCGACGUGAAAAAAUUUGUUUUGCUUGCAAACGAUGGCGUAUAUUUACACCCCAAAGAGCAUAUUGAUAUUAUCCAAAGUGGUGAUAUAAUCCAUGUCAUUGCCAAGAAAGAUGACAGCGAAUCAGUUAUUUCAACUGGAACGGAAGUGAUGGUUACUUUGACCGAAAAAAUAAAUACUACUGGUGGAACAUUCAAAGUUCCAAAAGAAAUCAUCUCACCUGAGAAUUCAAUUAAUUUUGCUACUUGUGACGAUGACUAUGCCGAUUCAGUAGGCACCAAUGAAACAAACAGUACAGCUUCGAAACGUAAGCGGGUGCGUCAUCGUAAGAGAAAGAAUAAUUCCGUAGGAUACGAUGAAAAUGAGAUGAAUUUUCCCAAUAUACAAGCAUCAACCAUAACAGGUGGUACACCAAAAAACGACACAGUUCCAAAGUCUCCACGUGUCAAAGCUAUAUCGAAAUGCAACACUCAUGUGAGUGCUGAACCACAAAUCGAGAAGAACGAUGAAAGCAGCAACCAACAAUCAAAUGAUAUGAAUAUUGCUGUCAACGCCAAUGACAUCGAUUUUCAUACAUCAAAAAUCAAAUAUACCCGAUCACAAUUGAUUGAUAUUGACGAUGCAGCAAAGAGCCAUGCAAAUGACACCAAUUUUUUGAAUAAUUCCCUUAUAAAAGCAUUCGAUUUAUGGCGCAAAAAAACAUUUGACGAAGAAUUGACGGCCAAACAAAAAAGAGUAAUGAAUUGGCAAAAGAAAAAGUGUGAAGAUAAAGAAAUGGCUCAAAUGCUCAAGGAAGAUUUGCCGCCAAUGUCCACUACACAUAAUCAAGCUUCUUCCGAUUGGAACAUUAACACGUUGACAGAUGCUUUGACUAGAGAUCAUGGAUUUGUUUUGCUCAAUACUAAUGCAAAAGUUGAUCGUUGGCUUAGUUCCGGACAAAAUCCAAGCGAUUAUGGAAAUGCCACAGUUCAAGCUGCUUCUGUAAUGGUUCCCAUUGAAACAGUUGAUUUGAUGCCAAGUGGUUUGAAUGAUUUAUCAACCAUUAAAGCGGACGAAACUUCAUCUACUGUAUCCAAUAGAAGUGCUAUUCGAGCAAGGCUCCUCGAAAAAACUUCAAAAGUCAAGCAAACACUUCGAAACUUAACCAAAAUAAGGAAAUUUAUAUAAUUCAAAUAAUUUCACGAAAAUCUUUUUAUACUUCAUACAAUAUGCAAUUUUUCUAAAUAAAGAAAAUUUAUUUACAUAAUAAGGCCGCAUAUUGAUCACGUCUUUUCAAA